UGACAUAAGACCGGAAGAAGCUGUUGCAUGCUCUUCUCCAAGUCAUUGCGGCUUCUGCUGGGAAGUUUCUUUCUGUCACCGCAGGAGACCGGGGGGAUCUGGGGAAGGUUUUCUGUCUUCAGACAUUGCUGCAACUUCACAUAAGGUCGUACCUCAGAGCUGCACUUCGUCAUUAUGAGAUGUCGUCCUUAACAGCUUCCUUUGUGCAAAUUAAAUUCAGUGAUUUGCAGUUUUACGAAAGCUGUGGAGGUGGAAGCUUCGGGAGUGUUUACAGGGCAAAAUGGCUGUCACAGGACAAAGAGGUGGCGGUGAAGAAACUUCUGAAGAUAGAGAAAGAGGCAGAAAUACUUAGCAUGCUCAGUCAUCGAAACAUCAUCCAGUUUUAUGGAGCUGUACUUGAACCUCCAAAUUAUUGUAUUGUUACAGAAUAUGCUGCUGGUGGAUCACUAUAUGACUUCAUCAAUAGCAACAGAAGUGAAGACAUGGACAUGGAGCACAUUAUGACUUGGGCAACCGACGUAGCUAAAGGAAUGCAUUACUUACACAUGGAAGCCCCGAUUCGUGUAAUACACAGAGAUCUCAAGUCUAGAAAUGUUGUGAUAACCUUCGAUGGAGUACUAAAGAUUUGUGACUUUGGCGCCUCAAGGUUCCAUUCCCACACAACGCAUAUGUCCCUUGUAGGGACGUUUCCUUGGAUGGCUCCAGAAGUAAUCCAGAGUCUUCCGGUAUCUGAGACGUGUGACACAUACUCGUAUGGUGUGGUUUUGUGGGAAAUGUUAACAAGAGAGGUUCCGUUUAAAGGCUUGGAAGGACUGCAAGUGGCUUGGCUCGUGGUAGAAAAAAAUGAGAGGUUGACCAUUCCCAGCUGCUGUCCUAGAAGUUUUGCAGAAUUGAUGCGCCAUUGCUGGGAAGCCGAUGCAAAGAAAAGGCCAUCAUUUAAACAGAUCAUUUCAAGCUUGGAGUCCAUGUCGAAUGACAGCAAGCUGCCAGACCAGUGCAAUUCAUUCUUGCAUAAUAAAGCAGAGUGGAGAUGUGAAAUUGAAGAAACACUGGAGAGGCUUAAGAAACUGGAGCGAGACUUGAGCUUUAAGGAACAAGAGCUAAAAGAAAGAGAGAAGCGUUUGAAACUGUGGGAGCAACAGCUGACCGAACAGUCUCACACUCCGAUGCUUCCCUCCUUUGAUAUCUAUUCCUGGACUGAGGAAGAUGUGUUCUUCUGGGUGCAGCAGCUGGUGAAGACAGAUGAUGAUUCUGGCUUGCAGAGCAUUUAUGCCUUUCUGUUCAGGGAUCACCACAUUACCGGGAAGAGAUUGCUCUUACUGGAGGAGAAUGACUUGAAAGAUAUGGGAAUAGUCUCAAGAGGUCAUAUCAUCCAUCUAAAGGCUGCAAUUGAAAAAUUGACCCAUGACUACCUGAAUCAAUUUCAUUUCCCUCCAUUAAUGAAGGAUCUUGCAUUCGAAUUUGAAGACGAAGAGAGGAUAGUGAACUUAGAACUAGUGUUUGGAUAUCAUUUGAAGUCCGGAAACAGUCCGGAGGAUUGUAAAUGGAAAAUGUACAUGGAACUUGAUGGAGAUGAAAUUGCAAUAACGUACAUAAAGGAUGUGACAUUCACCAGAAGUCACCCAGAGACCGAGGUUCUAAGAAUGUGUAAACCACCAUUUGUAAUGGAGAAGUGGAUUGUGGGGAUCUCAGAGAAUGAGUCUGUUGAGUGCAUUGUGAGCUACGAAAGUGAUGUCAGAACUCCUAAAUUAACCAAACACAUUCAUAAAAUUCACUGGAACAAGAUGAAAAACCAAGACGCAGUGAAGCCGGUCCAACUCGCCAUUAAGUCGUCGCUGCUAAAUUCUGAGACCAAACCUAAUGACGAUUCUAAUGUUGACAGCCAAUGGAUCAACACUUUGAGAAUGCGUCAGAGGGCCGUGCAUAUGUCUUCUCCACAUUCCACUGGUUUACCACGUUCUCAGUCUUCCAGUCUUACCAACCUGUCCCAAGUGUUACCGUAUCUUCACAACCAAGACUCUUAUGCUGCUGCAGUCAGACGAGCACGUAUCACAGCCACGUUACAAGUCACACCUAUCAAUUACACCCGCAGCGCCUCACCAACACAACUAGAAUUGACAAGAAAUCUGUCUUCCUUGUCUAUCCAAAGUUCUAAAGGCAGCAGUGCAUCAAGUACGGCUUCCGAUAGCCCCUCUGAGAGAGAAAGGGCCAGAAAGAGGGUGAACAAUACGUAUUACCAUCAAAACUUCCAUAACGCAUCAACACAAAGAAGAAUGGAUAAGAAAAGCCCUCAGACGACCAAUGGAAAAUAUAAACCAUACACAACAACAUAUAGUAAUCCACGGUCCCAUGAUUAUAAACCUUAUAGGACUAGCCAAAACCCAAGUAGAAACAUACCAGGCAUGCCAAUGCCAUCCUCUGAUGCUGCUAAUGGAGAAGAAAUCAAGGUUAAUAAUGAUGGAGGAUGGAUAAAAGUAGAACAUUCCAAGAAAAAUCAUAAACCACAGACAACAAGCAAGUCAAAAAAAGAGAGACCCAGGACGACUAGUCGUAGUAGUCGUCAGUAGUAUCGGUUUAGGCCUAAUAUUUAUUUUUAAAGAUGGUAUAAUUUUAUCUAAUUUUAUUGGAUGCUUAAACAUUAAAUAUAUGCUGUAUAUUAAAUAUAUAUUUUAUAUAUAUUUAUAUUUUUAUAUACCGUACUUUGGAUAUGGUUUCUCUAUUUUUACGCAUAUUACAAUCUGGAAAUAAAC